AUGAUAUUUGUAAGGCCUCUUUCGGCUCUCAAAAUUUCGACAAAGCUCUUGCGAAAAAAUUCAAGAAUUGAUAUAUUCAAUUUUUUAGAUAUGGAUGACUUGCAAUUUACACGUUUACAAACUUUCACCAAGUGGCCUCUAUAUUUAAACCCAAAGCCUAUUCUGCUUGCAGCCGGAGGUUUCAUUUAUUCCGGUACCGGAGAUAGAUGUAUUUGUAUGAUUUGCGGGUUAUCUUUGAAAAAUUGGAAAUCAAGCGAUAUUCCGAUUGAUAUCCACAUGAAAAAGAAACCAAACUGUCGAUUUAUUAGUAGUUUCAAUGAAUUACAGAAAAUGAAAUUUUAUCAUGAAAGAUUAAAAACGUUUUUAAAUUACUCCAAGAAACCUAAUAUAGAUCCAUGUCGGUACGUAAGUGUUGGCUUUUAUUGUAAAGAUGAUGAGAUGAGAUACAUCACUUAUAAAGAUUUUUCAAAGUAUGUAACAAGAUUGGAGUCGUUUAAAAAUAGACCUGUGCAAACCCAUCCACUUAAAAAAGUGAAUCCGCACGCUGCUUCUAGAGAAGGGUUUCUGUACCCAGGUGUCGAUGCCUAUAUUAUUCAUGAAUCUAGAUGUGAUUUUAUAUCAGAUAAUAAUAAUUCCGAUGAUAAUGAUGAAAAUGAUCGUCUUCUGUGUAAAAUUUGUUUAGAAGCCGAAAUAGACGCGGUGUUUCAGCCCUGUGGUCAUGCGGCCGCAUGUAUAACUUGUGCAACGAAAAUAAGAGAUUGCUGUAUUUGUAGAUGUAAAUUAGAAGCUAGUAUACGAAUUUAUAUUUAA